AUGUCAGGCCCGCUCAUGACAUCCGCCAUUGCCAUGUUCGGAGAAGCAUCAUCUUUUGCUUUCCUUAACACUUCGACGAAUACAACAGCGUCGUUCGCUUUAACACAAGCCUGCCAACACAAUCUCAUCCCCUUCUCCGCCUUUGAUGUGAAAUCCCACACGGAAGCAUGCGAAGCCGCCGGAAGCGACGAUUUUCGACUCUCGCUCGUCACAAAGAAAUUUUUGGAUAAAACCUUCUUCGACACUGAAGAUAGUAUCAGACACCUAUCCGCAAGCAUCCUCAUCGUAAUCUCCCUGCUCAUCCUCAUCCAAGCCCUCGGCCUCGCAUACCUCGCAUACUACAUCUACCAAGUACCCACAUGGACAGACAUGCUCGAUGCAAUGGCUGUAGCGCGUAUAGCGAAUAGUCUGGAUAAGGCGGAUAUUCCGGCGCUGGGGUUGGUGGAUAGACGCGACUUGGAGGGGUUGAGGGGGAUUAGUGCGUUGGUUGGUGUAGGCAGGGGAGCGAGGAAGGGGAGUCGUUCGGCUAGGUGGAUUAUUGUGGUAAGUGUGGUAGACGCUCGUGGCUGUUAG